CUGGGCGCCCGGCCCCCGCGCCCCCGCCGACGUGCGCUAUCAGCUUUUCUGGUGGGCCUCCUUGUAAGCCGGGCGCCUUCCUUCCGCUACCUGGGAUCUCUGCGGGGAUCGUCACGGGUAAUGCCAAGCGAGCCGUGGGGCCCCCAGGGACGCCUCCCCAAAAUGUCACAAAAUCACAGAACCCCGGGAGGAAAGAAGGAUUUGCGCGUCCUAAAGAGAGGAGGAAAUCCACAGUUUUGCAAUUUUGUCGUGCACGGAACGGGUGGCACGAGGACGAGGCGGAGUGCGCCCACUACGUCGUGGACCCCGCGGGGACACGCGUGGGCUGCCAUUUCGAUGAACUCGGUAAACCCCAGCGUACGGACAAUUACUUCUUCCUGGUGAACGGGACCAGCAGUGAGACGGCAAUCCCAUUUUUGGACUUUGUUCCAUUUGAAGCCUAUAAAAUCGAAAAGUAUGACCCUCCAGCAAACAUCACGAUGUCCUACAACGGAUCACAUCGCAUUAUCCGGUGGGAGAACCCCGCGAUCAGAUAUGACCUUUCGAGUCACGUCUUAUAUUAUGAGCUGGACAUCCAAACAGCGGGCAGCUCCUCCAAGGCAAAGCCCGUUUUCCAGAGGGGACAAGAUCCGAAUGUGUACGUGAUGCCCCGUUCUGCCGUCAGGCCCGACACCACGAUCCGGGUGAGGGUGCGCCACCUGUAUAACGAGCUCUGGAGCGAAUGGAGCCCAACGCUGCGUAUCGGCGUCCCGGAGCGGAAUUUCCGCGGCGUCCUGGUCGGCGUGGUGGUGGCAGCCACGGCUGUGCCCGCACUGGUCCUCAUGUGCCUCUGCAAACGGUUCUCAGUCAGGCACAAGCUGUUACCCCGCAUCCCCAAGGUGAAGAAGGAAAUCACCGGGACUUUUACGCCGCCCCUGGAGGUCGCCUGGGAGGCGGGCCGCCUGCCGCCGGGCUCCCAGGAACCCGAGGACGUCCUCAUGGUGGAGGAAAUGUCGUGACUGCCGUGGGGACAAGCGGAAAUUGUGCCUCACCCCCUGCCCCUGCUACUCCUGAAAAUGUCACGUAUCUGCAUCGUCCCCUCACGUCUGGGAAAGGUUUCUCACCUGACCUACAACACCGCCACCCGAAACCCAGCAGCACGGCUUUCUGGCUCUCUGCUCAUGUCCACGCGGGCGGGCUGCGUGGGAUGCUAGCCGUCUGUCGGUCCGUGUCUCUGAAGCACAAAGCAAGCGCUCAGGGACGUGGAGAGUGGCUGGCAUGCACCCCAGGCCCUGUGUGUUGGUCCUCCAGGCUCAGAAGCAACCGGAAAACGGGCGAGAACGUCCACGUGGACUUGUCCACCGGU